AUGGACAUUGCGACCCCAAAGAGACCGAAUCCUUCUGCCUUCGAUGACCAUGGCCCCCCGUCGAAGAGACUCAAGACACUCCCCGAAGAGCCUGCGCAAUACAGCGAUGCGGUCCGUAAAAAGUUGGCGUCGACGUCUCGAACAGGGCAGGCCUGCGACCGGUGUAAAGAGAGGAAGAUGAAAUGUGACACAGACCCAGUGGCAUGUCAGCCUUGUCGUCAGAAGGGUUUGCGGUGCUACACCACUGAUCGUGUCACGGGGCAAGCACGAGAAAGAGGAGAAUCGCAUCGCGCCGAGAAUGAGCUGCUAUUUUUGAGGGAACAGCUUGCCGCCUACCAGCGCAGAUAUGGCUCCCUGCAGCGGUCUGACUCCAGUGGCAUCGCGCCUAUUGUCACUCCCAGGAGUUCAAUCUCUCAAUCCACAGCGCAUUCUGUAUCGCCUACGUCAUCCAGACUUGAUGCGAAAUACAUUGGCUGGCCUGCGCCGGAUCACUCCGAGGCUCUGUAUUCUGGUCCGGUCAAGGGUACUGUGGUGGACAUUAUGGAUGGUGUCGUCGACAUCGCAGACUGGGAAUGUGAAAUGAUGGAAGACUAUGCCACUGAGAUUACGGGCAAAUUCAACCUCUCGAGGACGUCAAUCAUCAAUACCAUGUGUGGACUUCAACGUGUGGAGGACCCAAAACUACCUCCGAAGGAAGAAGCUCUUCGUGAUGCCAAUCAUUUUCUGGUCAUCAUGUCACAGUAUGUUCCGAUCGUCCACCGACCCAGCUUCAUGGACCUCGUCAACAGAUUCUAUGAUCAGCCGGAUUCCUUGACUGUUGCCGAGCGGCUCCAGGUUCUGAUUGUCUUCGCCAUAAUUGCCCAUCAGACGGCGGUGAGAAACCAUCUCCAUUCCGCUGAGAAAUUCGACGAUUCCCAUCGUUAUCUACACUGCGCCCUGGGUGAUUACCGUGAACUACUCCAGGACAGGUCUCUUGCAUCUAUGCAGGCAAUGGCGCUGCUCAUCGUCCACUUUCGGAACCUACCAAAACCUGGUAUAUCUUGGACCUAUUGCCACCAAGUCCUAGUUCGCGCUAUCGAACUGGAAUACCAUCGUGACCCGGAUAAGAUCCGACUUCCGGACGGCGAAAACGAUCCACUGUCAAAGGAGCUCCGAAAAAGGGUCUUUCAUUCAAUACUAGGUGUCUGUGUGACGACAGGUUGUCGCGUUGGCUUACCGGCACCGUGGCAAUUCCAGCAUAUCGACAUCCCUUUACCAAGGCCCAUCAAAGACUCCGAGAUAUCCAAGACCGGAUUUGCUUCGGAGUUGUCAGGUCAAUGCGAGUUCUGGCCUUGUCUACACCUGGCAAAAUUACUUCCCCUUCUCACCGAGUUACACAACAACAUCAUAGCCGUCAGGAGACCUGCAGAAGAAUACCUUCAAACCGUAGAAACGCUCAACACGAAAAUAGUCGCGUGGCGGCAGGAUUGGGACGAGUCAACCAAAAACGAGCCAAAGCAUGUCAAUCUAAGCGUCGCGACCCUACUAUUCGAGACUUGGGCUGCCGAGUAUCAGCUGAACUUACAUCAUCCAGUAUGCUGCACGAGUGACGAUCCUGAGCUUCAUCGAUUGUCGAGCAGGUACAAAGGCGUGGACUUCACUUGGCAUUCCACCCUGGCAUAUGCGACUGGAUUUGGCAUCACCCUGUAUGUCUACAACAGGAAAAAGGGGUCGGUUACCGCUGAGCAAUUCGAGGCAAUGCGGAAUGAGCUAAAAGGCUGGACAUCGUUGAUGGCGUAUGCAGACCUUGUCCUGAGAACCGGCAACCACUUGCAGAGACAAUUUCAGCCUCGAGUGCAAGCUCUUGAAGAUGAAUGCCGAAGGAUUUUGCUCGAGCAACCUCCGAAAGGUCAUAAUUCUCACAGUCCAAUAAGCCCAGUCAACCAUUCCAUCGUAGGAGGCACCGUGAAAGUCGAGCAGGCAAAUGCGCUCCCGUUCCAAGAACAUCCCAGCCCAAAUGCGACGAUGCACAGGAGCAAUCCUCCGCAACCAAUGUUCAUGCCUCAAGGAAUUCCCCAAAACCACCCAACCUCUCCCUUGGCUCAUCAACAGACUCAGCGGCAAUGGACUGACACAUUCUCUUUCCUGCCGCAGCCUCCAACGGCAGGGCAUGCGCCCGAGCAAGGGCCAGGUGUCACAUCGCCCAUAUUCACAAGUUUUGCGCCCUCUCCGAUUACUGGACUCUCCACGUCUGCGUCCAUGCCGGCCAUUCCCACAUCUUUGGCAUCCCUGCUUAAUGAUUCGGGAAAUCUUUAUAUGCAUUUCUCUCCGCCGCAUCAUCAUCAUCAUCACAACAGUCUUGGGGUAGGGGUUGGCGGAGGGGGUGAUUCACAGAUGCACUACUCACCAGACCAUUACUUUGACGGCCCAGGACUGGGCUGGCCGCUGAUUACUAUGCCACCAAGUCAACAGUCAUGA